AAAGUCACAACAGUAUCCCCACUGAGAUCCCAUCAUGAAGAUCAUCUUGUUCCUGGCUCUUGCCUUCGCAUUUGUGGCUUGCCUAGUGCAGGCUCAGCCUGUUAAGGAGGAGGCUCUACCGGAACAUCUCCUGGCAGAGGCGGUGGAGCAACCUGACCAGGCGACAGAGGAGCAAGCCGACCAGGGAGUGGCAGAGCACAGUCGCCAGAAGCGUGCCACCUGCGAUUUGCUUUCCAAAUGGAACUGGAACCAUACCGCCUGCGCUGCCCACUGUCUGGCCCGAGGAAACAAGGGUGGAUAUUGCAAUGACAAGGCUGUCUGCGUGUGCCGACGUUAAUUGGGAUCAAAGCAGGGAACUAACUUAAUGAUUUUGAUGGAAAAUUAAAUGUUAAAAAUAAAUAAAUACCUAUAAAAAUCUAA